UCUCCCCGAUCUUUACAAAAAGAACCCCAAAUCCACACCUUUUGUACCAUUGUCCCCAGACCCCGACGGUGUUCCCUUAUUAAAGGCCAUCUCCCCAACCAGACAGAGCUAGUACUAGCACACUGCGUAGCAGCACAAAUGGUGGCUUCCUCCUCUUCCCCAUAAAGCCACGGCCUGCGCUUCUUGGCGUGUUCUCGGCCCUUUUCCUCGUACGGCCGCGCGCAUCCAUGGAUAUGGCGGGGGAGGAGGAGUACGCCUACGAGUACGAGUUCGACCUGGAGAACCCCUUCACCAGCCCCGCUGACGAGCCGAUCGCCAGCCUCCUCGACGCCGAGGGCCCCCACUCGCCGUCCGUCUCGGCCGCCGCCUCCUCCGCCCGCCGCCAAGCCGCCGGAUUCAUCUCCAAGGUGCGGUACGACGGGGAGCUCGCCGUGCACCCGCGGGUCGCCUACCUCGCGCUCAACUACGUGGAUCGCUACCUCUCCAAGCGCCAAUUGCCGUGCGAGCACAAGCCGUGGGCGCCGCGGCUGCUCGCCGUCAGCUGCCUCUCCAUCGCCGCCAAGAUGCAGCGCGUCGACGCCAUCUCCAUCGCCGACAUCCAAAGGGACGAGGAGUUCAUGUUCGACGCGGUGAGCAUCCGGCGCAUGGAGCGGCUGGUGCUGGGCGCGCUCGAGUGGCGCGCGCGCUCCGUCACGCCGCUCGCGUUCCUCGGCUUCUUUCUCUCGGAAUGCUUCCCGCCGCCGCGGCACCCUCCCCUGCUCGCCGCGGUCAAGGCGCGCGCCGUCGACCUCCUACUCCGCGCCCAACCCGAGGUGAAGAUGGCGGAGUUCUCGCCGUCCGUGGUGGCCGCGUCGGCGCUGCUAGCCGCCGCCGGGGAGGUCGCCGGCGCCCAGCUCCUCCCCGCCUUCCAAGCCGGCGUGGCCGCUUGCCCCUUUGUAAAUAGCGAGAAGCUACGAGAGUGCGGCGAGGCGAUGGCCGCGGCCUGCGGCGUGGGGCCGGCGGCGAUGAGCGCCGACACGCCGUCGACGGUGCUCGGCCACGGCCACUACCGCAGCGCCAGCUCCGAGAGCGACCGGACCGUCGGAUCGGUCGCCAACGGCGCAGAUGCGAAGAAGCGCUGUUGCAUGGGUCCACCUUCCCAGUGGGGGUAGGCGGCGUGCGGCGGCACCGGAUGAUGACUCGAGUGACAGCUGGAAGAGUCGGGAAUUUACUCUUGCCCUGUUUUUCUCCUUUUUUCCUUUUUUUUGUGUUCCUAUUUUAGUCUGAUCGAGGUAAAAGCAGGGACGGAGAUUGGGGAGAACCGGUGGUGGUAGUAGCUGUCAUUUCAUUGUUUUUUUUCUUUGCUACUGUAGUUGGAGUGAAUUUUGCGGCAGCGGUACGUAGAUCGAUGCGAGAGACUGGUGGAUGGAUAUAUUGGGACGUGAGGGCGGAGGACGGAAGGAAAACGACAAUGUUUUGUUGCGGAAAAUAAGACUGGAAUCAUGUUAGAUUAUCUGCAUUUCUUUGAUUGUUGAAAGUAGGAGUAACCUGCAUUGGUAGAAAA